AUGGAUGGCGGGAGCGCGCACCACGAUGGAACGGGACAAACACAGACGACGAUCGUCAAGCGUACCCUGAAAGCCGUCAAAGCAGCGCAGGAUCGGCUGCAUCGGGAGAGGAUGCUCGCUAUCGAGGGGGACGAGCCCGAGACCGACCGCAGACAUACCGGGGCCGAAACGGGUUUCGGUGACGACGGGGCCGACCAAGGGUUCUCAGCACUACCCACGAUAACCGCGGUGGCGGUGCCACUGCCCGCCCAGACGUGGAUAGACAUCGCGCCCGGCGCCACGUUCACACGCGCGGCAGCGGCCGUCAGCGCGGCAAGGACGUUAAACCGCAUGCAGCACAUGGCACUGACGCUGGUGUGCGAGGCGCUCGAUGCGCGUGUAGACGGCGAAGAGAGGCAGCACCUGCAGUACAUUGGGGGCGGAGGCGGAACGGGGAAAUCGUGGCUCAUCGACUCGGUGAAGCAGGUCUUCGCCGCGAAGGACGUCUCCAAUCAACUCGUCAUCACCGCAAUGUCCAGGACGGCCGCCGCUGGGAUCGAGGGAACCACCCUACACUCGGCUGUGGGGCUCACGUUCCGUAACGCCGAGGGCGCGAUGGUCAACCUUAUCGCAGCGGGCAACAUUGAGAAGGCCAAGGAGCGAUGGCGGAGGCGGAGUGCCUUUGUUGUCGACAAGGUGAGCAUGCUAGGCCUGUUGACGCUCUACGAGGUCAACCAAAAGCUCCCGAUGCUGAGAGGGUUCCUGGAGGAGGCGUUCAGGGGCCUACCGGUCGUCAUAUUCACAAGCAACUUCCUCCAGUUCACGCCGGUACUGCAGAAGAGCCUGCUUGCCGACAUAGAGCGCAUCGCGACCGGCCCGGACGGCACAAGACCACCGCCAAGCGGCAGUGCCGCCGAGAGGCGCUGGAGGGAGGCGGAGGCCAAGAAGCUCUGGUAG